CGUCGGCCGGCGGUGAAAGCUUACACUUCCUCCCGCCGCCAGCUCAGUCAACUCGAGGGCUGUAAGGGUAAAUUUCUUCCAGAUUUUCCGAUACAGUGCUUUUAGGUAACCAACUCUUCUAGUUGUCGUCUUCUUCUUUUUUUCCUUGUUUCGGUAAUGUACUGCGUUUGACUCUGUCUGCUGCAGCCGUUUGUCGAAUAACGGCAAAUCCCAUUCCUUUUUCCCUUUCUCUAUCUUACUUACCUGUCCACCGGUGAGCUACGGGAAUUCCUACUUUACCCUCGCUGUCUUCUCUCUCUGACUCUCUCUCUUUCAAAUCCAUUCCCACCAAUUGGUGCUGCACUCUGCUCUUUCCCCCAUCCCUCAUUCCCCAAUCAAUCCUGCCUCUAAUCCUCAGCCCCAUGUCGCCGUUCCGUGACACACCCGCCGCCUCCUGCAACGGAGUGUUUCACGGCGACGGCGGCGAGGACAAGCGGUUUUGUCUUGAUCCACAGUGCUCGCAUUCCGCGAGAUGCGAUCAUGCUUCUUCUGGCUCUGACUCUGCCUCCGCUUCAUCUUCUCUGUUUGCUAAGUUAGAUUUAGCUGAUUUGAACGAUUCGGAGAAGCUCCGGAGAGUAAUUAUUGCUUCUGUAAAAGGCUUCUCUAUCGGCGCCGGAUUGAAAGGCGGCCUCGCUCUCUUCUCCAUUCUCGCUCGCCUCCGCCGCACCAGGAAGCCUCAGGAGUUCACCAACAGUGAAGCCAUAGCUCUAGCAGUCAAGGAGACGCUGAGAUACGGAUUGUUCCUCGGAACUUUCGCCGGCACGUUUGCGUCCGUCGACGAGAUUAUAGCCACUCUGGGAGGUCACCGGAGGACUGGGAAAUGGAGAGCUCUUGUAGCAGGAUUGGUUGCAGGGCCUUCCAUGCUACUUACGGGGCCCAACACUCAGCAUACCAGCUUGGCGAUUUACAUAUUGAUGCGUGCUGCUGUGUUGGCUUCCCGCUGUGGGAUCAAGAGCAAGCGGUUUGGCAAAAUCUGCAAGCCUCUUACUUGGAAGCACGGCGACAUAUUUCUAAUGUGUCUCUCCUCUUCGCAAAUCUUGUCGGCUUACAUAUUGAAGCAAGAAAGUCUUCCUCGUUCGUACAAGUCCUUUCUGAACAACCAUGGCGGGAAGGACGUUGCUAUUUUGCAAGGAGUCAAAGCUAUUGCGAGUGGCUUGCCUUUCUCAAAUUUGGAUGCGAUAGAGAGACACUACAGCUCCAAAGGAGUCGAUAUCAAGUUGGAUCCCCAAAUGAAAAUCCCAUGCUCGAUCAUACAUGGGAAUCAGUCCUGUAGUGCUCAUGUAGCUUCUUUUUUUAUUGAAGCCUACAAACGAGCAUUGCCAGUUUAUCUUCCUGUUUAUUUGAUUCCUGCAUUGAUAGUUCACCGCCAAGAUCUCUUAAAAAGGCCUUCCAGUAUACUGGGGAAGGGUCUUUUGGGAACUGCGAGAUCAAGCUUGUUUCUGUCUGCAUAUUGCUCCUCUGCUUGGAUGUGGACGUGCAUCCUCUUCAGAAUCUUCAAGAGAUGCAACGUUCCAAUGGUGGCAAUGGGAACGUUCCCGACAGGGCUGGCAUUGGGGAUCGAGAAGAAGAGCAGGCGGAUCGAGAUAUCGCUCUACUGCCUGGCUCGGGCAAUAGAGAGCUUCUUCACGUGCAUGGCGGACGUAGGGUACCUCCCGCAGUUCACCAAGCUGAAGAGAGCAGACGUGGUGGUGUUCAGCGUCUCGACGGCGGUAAUCAUGCAUUGCUACGCGCAGGAGAGGGAAGUUUUCAGGUCGAAGUACCUCAAUGUGCUUGACUGGGUGUUUGGCGUUCCCCCUCCUCCGGCGGAAAGCCCUCGAUACUGCAAACGAAAAUGAAAGUAAACCUCCUUUUCCUUACUUCAUCAGAACCCCCCUUUAGGGUUUGAGGGGUUUCAAUAUUCUUUUCAGAAAUAGGAACACCCAUGUACAACAUUGUAGACUUUUCUUCACAGGCAAUAGGUUCGGACAAGGAUUGGCAUAGCCAGAUACGAACCUGAGACUUUCGGGUCGAAAUCAACUGCUUUAUUAUUCAAGUAAAGAUAUUUGGCUAGUUCGGAAAAGUUAUUUGUGUUCAUAAGACACCUUUGUGAACACUCACUCACGUGAGUUUAAAGUCGGUUGGAUUUGGUGUAGACGAUUUGUUACCAUUGAAUUGAUACGGUGAUAAUGUGAGCAUCAUGAUCGAUCGAGUUGUAGCUAGUUAAUAGUGAACUUUUGUUAGUUAGGGCAAAAUGGAAGGAAAAGUUGGCGAUUCAGGUCGCUGAGUUUGGAAGAAAGAAUGGUUACCAAAACAGUAGUCUUUGCCGGCUGUGGGGAGCUUUUGGGGCAAUCGGCAAAGGAGCGGGAAGGGGAUGAGUUAGCUUGGUUACUUAAUUUUUAGUAAUCACGGUGGCUACUUUAAUCUACACCAUUCAUUAUUUCUUUUUCACGCUAAUUUUAAAUUAACGAUGAAGAUUAUAUUAGGGUAAUUUUGGAAUUGAAAAAUAUACCACACCUGAUUACUCUAUAAAUUAUAUCCAAACCCUAACCUAUUACAACCCGCCGCCGUAACCUCCCGCGACCCUCAUCCCUCCCGAGAACUUCCUCCACCGCCGGCCGCCUCCCCUCCACCGCCCUCCUCCCUUCCCCUCCUCUCUUGUAAAGCGGCCGACCUCCCCUCCCAUCUCACCCCACCCCCUCCCCCUGCCGACCCACCCCUCCCCCCGGCGACCCCUCCGCAGCCCUCCCCCCGGCGACCCAUCCCUCUCCCCCGACCCCAUCACAAUCGCAAAUGGUAACUCUGCAUAAACGACCCAUCUCUCUCUCUCUCUCUCUCUCUCUCUGCUCUCUGCUCUCUCUCUCUCUCUCUAUACCAUCACAGCAUACAUACCAAAUAGACAUAUUGGUGGUAUUUUUCGUUUAUGGAUUCAAUGUGCAGUGGUAUAGAUUGUUUAUAUUGGUAGUUUUCGUGUAAUGGUAUAUAUUUAUUUCUGCAAUGGUAUUGAUUGUUUAUGGUAUAGAUUAUUUAUAUUGGUAGUUUUUGUGUAAUAGUAUAGAUUUAUUUGUACAAUGGUAUUGAUUGUUUAUGGUAUAGAUAGUUUAUAUUGGUAGUUUUCGUGUAAUGAUAUAAAUUUAUUUCUGCUAUGGUAGUUUUUGUGUAAUGGUAUAGAUUUAUUUCUGCAAUGGUAUUGAUAUUUUUCAAAGUGGUAGUGUUUAUCUAAUGGAUUGGUACUGAUUUCGUUUUUUUUCUUUUUGCAGAAAGAUUGAGAAAAAUAUGGAAAGGAAAUCUGGCCGGAGAUUACGGAAGUGAGAGAAAGAGAGAAUUUUAAUUAAUAGAUUUUUGUAACUACUUUAAAUGUAAUUUAUUAAAAAAUAAUUAAUAUAAUUUAUUUUUUUAUACUCAAUUUACCUUUAGUAACCACGGUGAUUUGUAGUAAUCACCGUAACCUGUCCCGCGGAAAAGGAACAGAAAGAGGCAUAAAGGGAGGCAAAGGGUGAAAACGUAAAUGAAGAGAAGAGGUAUCGUGCCGGAACUGGAAGUAAAGAAUCAGACAUUGGGCCCGGAUGGAUCCAGAAAGAUGGAAGCCCGACAAGUGACGAACAAACAAACCAGCUCAUCCUGGCCUGCCACUGCUCUAUCAAAUCUACUGGCGUACACUUCGAAUUUAUUGUCCCCAACCUGUUCUUACAUUUUUAACACUGCCAGAUUGCUUGUUUUACCCCUAGAAGAAUAUUAUUAGGAGACAGUGUUUGUUGCUCGAUUCGAGUUGAGGGAAUCCUAAAUAACGCCAUUUUGAUUUC